AUGUCCUUCCCACACCCACCGCCCCUUGGGCCCUCUCAGGCCGGCUCCGUGCCCGGACAGGGACCCCCCAAAAUCCACUUGUUCACCGCCGGUACGCCGAACGGAUACAAGGCUAGCGUGACUCUCGAAGAGCUGAGGGCUGCUUAUCCCGAAGAGGCAAAGGGAAAGCUUAGUUACGACGUCAGCGCUAUCUCCAUUUGGAAGAAUGAGCAGAAGCACCCCGACUUCCUCAAGAUCAACCCGAACGGCCGCAUCCCCGCCAUCACCGACGACAAUUUUGGCGGCCACAACGUCUUUGAAUCCGCCUCGGUCCAAAUCUGGCUCGUCGAAAACUACGACCCCGAGUUCAAGCUCUGGUUCUCAGACCCUCUCGAGCGCUCUCUCGCCCUCAGUUGGAUCUUUUGGGCCCAAGGCGGUCUGGGACCGAUGCAGGGCCAGGCCAACCACUUCUACCGCUACGCUCCCGUCAAGGUUCCCUACGGCAUCAAGCGGUACACUGAGGAGACGGCGCGUCUGUAUUCGGUCAUCGAGGACGGACUCAAGGGGACCAACGGCUGGCUCGUCGGCGGCAAGUUUAGUAUCGUCGACAUUAACCUUUUCGGAUGGGCCCGCAGUCAUGGUUGGGCCGGCGUCGAUACCCGCCCAUUCCCCCUGCUUCAUAAAUGGAUUGAGACGAUCGAGGCCCGACCGGCCACUAAGAAGGGCCUCGAGGUUCCUACUGCUCCUCGGGCACUUACGCAGGCUGAGGAGGACGAGGCGUACGCCGAAGUCAAGGAAUGGGUUAAGAAGGCCGAUGCGGAGAUCGAGGCGGCUAAGCAGAAGAGCCGGAUUUAG